UUCACUUAACACAACACAACACAACAAAAACAGAAAAAGAGGUUGAUACUGUUACAUUAUCACUUCAACAUGUUCUCAAAAUAUCUCAACAUCUUCUUCAUCACCACUUUCUUCAUUUUCUUAUACAUAAUCACUUCCUCUUUUUUCACUUCACCACUUACCCUUCAUUCUCCAAUAACAACUAAAAUAUCCCACUUUCAAUUUUGUUCAACUAACUACACAAACUAUUGUCCAUGUGAAGACCCCAAAAGACAGAAAAAAUUUCCAAAAAAAAACUAUUUUCGCAAAGAACGUCAUUGUCCACAAAACAAUGAAAGAUUAACAUGUCUUAUACCUAAACCAAUAGGUUACAAGAACCCUUUUCCUUGGCCUAAGAGUAAGGACAAUGCAUGGUUUAGUAAUGUUCCUUUUACUAAGCUUGUGGAAUAUAAAAAGUCACAAAAUUGGAUAACGUUGGUUGGUGACCGUUUUGUGUUUCCUGGUGGUGGUACUUCUUUUCCUGAUGGUGUAAAGGGUUAUGUUGAUGAUUUAAAGAAGCUUCUUCCUGUGAAUUUGGACUCUGGGAGGAUUAGAACCGUUCUUGAUGUUGGAUGUGGGGUUGCAAGCUUUGGAGCAUCUCUAAUGGACUAUGAUAUAUUGACAAUGUCAAUUGCACCGAGUGAUGAACAUGAUGCUCAAGUGAUGUUUGCUCUUGAAAGAGGACUUCCUGCAAUGCUUGGAGUAUUCAGCACUCAUAGGCUAACAUUCCCUUCAAAAUCAUUUGAUGUGGCUCAUUGCUCUAGAUGCCUUGUCCCUUGGAUUGCUAAUGAUGGACUAUACCUAAGAGAGAUUGACAGGAUUCUGCGUCCUGGUGGAUUUUGGGUACUUUCUGGGCCACCAAUAAAUUGGAGGGUAAACUAUAAAGCAUGGCAAACAGAGCCAACAGUGUUGGAAAAGGAACAGAACAAUUUAGAGGAACUUGCAAUGCAAAUGUGUUGGGAAAAAGUUGCUGAGGGAGGACAAAUUGCUAUAUGGCAAAAACCAAUAAAUCAUAUAAAAUGCAUGCAAAAAUUGAAUACUUUGAGUUCUCCAAAGUUUUGCAAUUCAUCUGACUCUGAUGCUGGAUGGUAUACAAAAAUGACUGCAUGCAUUUUUCCUCUUCCAGAAGUGAAAGACAUCGAUGAAAUCGCCGGCGGUGUUCUUGAGAAAUGGCCUAUAAGAUUGAAUGAUUCACCACCAAGGUUGAGAAAAGAGAAUCAUGAUGUUUUCUCACUCAAAACCUAUAGUGAAGAUAACAUGAUAUGGAAAAAAAGAGUAUCUUACUAUGAAGUCAUGCUCAAAUCACUCUCAUCUGGUAAAUAUAGAAAUGUUAUGGAUAUGAAUGCUGGCUUUGGUGGAUUUGCAGCUGCAUUGGUGAAAUAUCCAGUUUGGGUUAUGAAUGUUGUUCCAUUUGAUGCAAAAAGCAACAAUCUUGGCAUUAUCUAUGAAAGAGGCCUCAUAGGAACUUACAUGGAUUGGUGUGAGCCCUUUUCAACUUACCCAAGAACAUAUGACUUGAUACAUGCUUAUGCCCUAUUCAGUAUGUAUAUUGACAAGUGUGACAUUACUGAUAUUGUUAUUGAGAUGCAUCGGAUUCUUCGUCCAGAAGGAACUGUUAUUAUUAGAGAUAGUAGAGAUGUAAUUUUGAAAGUAAAAGAAAUAACAGAUAAAAUGAGAUGGGAAGGAGGAACAGUAGUAGUUGCUGAUGAUCAGAAUGAAUCUUCUCACCCAGAAAUGAUUAUGGUUCUCAACAAUAAUAAUACCAAGUAGUAAAUUCAUUUUGCGUAAUCUUUGUACAAGUACAACAUGGUUGGUCAUAUAUAAUUCAAUUCAUUACAGAUUAGAUUUGAACAUCAACAGAGACAAUGUCCUUAUGAAGUUUCCACUUCUCUUGUUUCUCUUCCAAUGAAAUGGUAUGGAAUGUAACACAAAAUUGGAUAAAAAGCCAGCUUAAAA